AUGCCAUCCCUCAUGGAGCUGCUGCCUUUGGCCGUGGCGUUCGCCGCUGUAAUCGGUGGCUUCCUCUGGUACAGCAGCAAUAGCGGUGGAAGCCGCAAGGUGCUAAAGCCGACUGAGUUCCAAGAAUUCAAGCUUUCAGAGAAGACAGUCCUCUCGCAUAAUACCGCCAUCUACCGCCUUGAACUUCCACGCCCUACCGACAUCCUUGGCCUCCCCAUUGGCCAGCACAUUUCUCUUGCCGCUACUAUCGAAGGUCAGCCGAAAGAAGUUGUACGCUCAUACACUCCCAUUACAUCCGACGAAGACAAGGGCCAUGUCGACCUCCUCAUCAAGUCAUACCCCACCGGUAACAUCUCCAAGCACGUCGCGGGCUUGAAGAUCGGAGACACAAUCAAAGUCAAGGGCCCCAAGGGCGCCAUGGUCUACACACCCAACAUGGUCAGGCACUUCGGUAUGAUUGCUGGUGGUACUGGUAUUACGCCUAUGCUACAAGUCGCCAAGGCUAUCAUGCGUGGACGCUCUACAGGUGAUAAGACAGCCGUCGACCUCAUUUUCGCCAACGUCAACCCCGAAGACAUCCUACUCAAGGACGAGCUUGACUCGCUAGCGGCCAAGGAUCCCAAAUUCAAUGUCCACUACGUUCUGAACAACCCACCCGAGAACUGGACUGGUGGUACCGGCUUCGUCACUGCCGAUAUGAUCAAGGAGAAGCUGCCAGCACCUGCCAACGACGUUAAGAUCCUCAUUUGUGGACCGCCUCCUAUGGUCGCGGCCAUGAAGAAGGCGACUGAGAGUCUGGGCUACGCCAAGGCAAGGCCAGUCAGCAAGCUAGAAGAUCAAGUCUUCUGCUUCUAG